AUGCAGCCUCCACUCCCCUCCUUCACCGCCGAGUGGCACAACACAAGCUACGCAUCCAUCUCCCCGUCUAGGCCCGAACUCUCCGUCGCCGGCAAAACCAUCGUCAUCACCGGCGGCGGCAACGGCAUCGGCGCCCGCAUGGUGCGCUCCUUCGCCGAAGCAGGCGCUGCCCGUAUCGCCAUCACCGCUCGCCGCGAGCAGAACCUGAAGGACGUCAAAGCCAAGACUGAGGCCGCAUUUCCCAAGACCAAAGUCGACUACUACGUCGGGGACGUCGUCAAUGAGGCGGACGUCAAAGCCGCCACGGCCGGGGUCGGCAAGUGGGAUGUGCUGGUUUUGAACGCCGGGUAUCUCUCCAAGCGGGAGGCGAUCGCGAAGGCGGAUUUCGGGGAGUGGUGGCGCGGGUUCGAGGUGAAUCUCAAGGGGACGUUUUUGGUUCUGCAGGCGUUCACGCCGACGGCGAAGGAGGGUGCGGCGGUGAUUGGGAUGUCGAGUGGUGUGGUUACUUUCUCGUCGGAGAUGGCGCAGACGGCGUCGUCGUAUGCGGCGAGCAAGAUUGCGCUGAAUAAGGUCAUGGAGGUGUUUGCGGCGGAGCAUCCGCAGUUGAAUGUUAAGGUGUUUCAUCCGGGGGUUAUCGAGACUGAAAUGUUGGCAAAGUCGGAGCUUUCAGGUCUGCCUAUCGACGAUAUCUCCCUACCCGCCGACUUCGCCGUGUGGUUCGCAAGCAAAGAAGCAGACUUCAUAAAGGGACGCUUCGUCAGCUGCAACUGGGACGUGGACGAAUUGAAGAAGAAAGCCGCUCAGUUUGAACAGAAUCCAUUGCUGCUGACAUCAAACAUCCUUGGCUGGUACCCUGGUCAGAUUUGA